CUUAACACUUAUUAAAAGUAGCUGCCGAAGAGCAGUGUUUGUGUUAGAUUUUAAUUUUAGGAUACAGGUCCAAUUCUGCUCAAGUUGAUUUUUUUUAUUACUUUACAAUUUUUCGUUCUCCAUAAAUCCCAAAAUAGUUUCUGUACUUUCUAACUCUGGAAAAAUUAAAAAAUGGAAUUUAUGGAAUAUAUAACCACCCCUAAGUUAGAUGGGGUAACUUUGUACCAGGCCAAUCAGGCCCCCAUUGAGGGCACACUCUGCAUCACUGCUCACCAUCUCAUUCUUUCUUCUCGACAGGACUUCAGUGAAGAAUUGUGGCUUCUACAUAGCAGUGUUGACUCAGUUGAAAAGCGGUUGAAUGGAUCAGAAAGCAUAAUAACAUUGAAAUGUAAAGACUUUCAAAUACUAAAACUUGGUAUUCCUUCUGCUGACGAUUGUGUAAACAUUGCUUAUUCCAUAGAAGCACUCUCCAAUAUUGCAGAUAUUUGUCUGUCCUAUCCAUUCUACAACAGAGUUCCAAUUGAGAUGUUGGAAGAUGGCUGGCACGCAUACACUGUUGAGACUGAGUUCAGUCGGAUUCAAAACUUUGUAGCUUACGAGUGGAGACUCAGCUAUGUCAAUAAAAAUUAUAAGGUAUGUUCAUCUUAUCCGGAAUGUGUUGUGGUGUUGAAGUCAGUCGAUGAUGAAACAUUGAUCAAAUCAGCUUCAUUCAGACAGAAUGGUCGAUUCCCUGUUUUGUCAUAUUAUCAUAAGCCAAAUAAGAUGGUGCUGAUGAGAUGCAGUCAGCCAUUGACCGGUCCAAACAACAGGAGAUGUAGGGAGGAUGAGGUGGUGGUCAACUCGGUGCUCACCACGUCCAGCAGAAUCAGGGGGUAUAUUGUGGACACCCGAUCCAUCACGUCCACCAAGAUGGCAGCUGCCAGGGGAGGAGGUGUCGAACCAGAGGCAUACUACCCCCAAUGGAGAAGGGUCAACCAACCCAUUGAGAGGCCGUCCAACUUGCAGGAUUCCCUCACUCGACUUAUUGAGGCUUGUUUAGAUGUUGGAGCCUCGAUGGACAAAUGGCUUUCCAAACUGGACUCGAGCAACUGGCUUGGUCAUGUGAAGGAUGCACUGACGUGUGCGUGCACAGUGGCUCAGUACAUGGAGAAUGGUGGCAGUGUGCUGGUUCACGGAGGGGAAGGAACUGACACAACACUGGUCGUUACAUCUCUCACUCAACUUAUCCUUAAUCCGGACUGCAGGACUGUUGUGGGUUUUGAAGCCUUGCUGGCCAGGGAAUGGAUACAGGCGGGCCAUCCUUUCUCGAGUCGAUGCUGCAAGUCUGCAUUCGCGACCUCAAAGAACAAGCAGGAAGCUCCCAUGUUCCUCCUCUUCCUUGAUUGUGUUUGGCAGAUUUGGCAACAGUUUUCUUGCUCGUUUGAAUUCAAUGAACAGUUCUUGAUCAUUUUGUUCAAACACGCUUAUGCCUCUCAGUUUGGCACCUUCCUAUUUAACAAUGAACAAGAAAGAUCUGAGAACAAACUCAGUGAAAAGACUAUAUCACUCUGGUCUUACUUGAACUGUCCGAAGAUAUUGUGUCAGUACAUGAAUCCUCUUUAUGAGCCCAACCAGUCUGUCCUCUGGCCAUCUGUUCUGCCUCACUCGCUGCAACUUUGGACAAGUGUGUACCAGUGCUGGCAGAGGUUUCUACCUAUACAAACUGAAAUAUGGGAUGAAAUCGUUCAAAUCAAGCAAGAUAACAAAGAGAUCAGGGCCACUGUUGUCAAGAUGAAAAAGUAUCUGGUGAAACUAGAGAAGGAAGCGUUGAACAGGGGAUUGGUUGACGUGUCUUCCGAAUGAAUGAAUAAAUGAAUGAAUGAAUUAAUGAAUGAAUUGAUUGAUUGAUUGAUUGAUUAAUUGAUUAAUUAAUUAAUUACUGAUUGAAUGAUAGUUUAAUUGGUUAGUAUGCUAAUGGGUUGACUAAAACGAGAAGAAAACAUUCUGCAGAAACGUCUGUUUAAAUACACAUGCUUUUAUAUCACUUCACAAUUUAUUAGGAUCAUUGAACAAUUAUUCCACAUUUAUUACUUUUCGUCUUUUCAUAUCGUUGUAUAGUUAUUAUUGUUGCUAGGUGUUGUUGUUGUUAAUAUUAAUUCAAUGUGCAAUGUGUGUAUGUAGGUUAGGUACAACAUCGGCUCUCUUUAAAUGAAGAAGUGCACCAAAAAUUUCAACUAUAUAUCGUUAAUUGUUUAUAUAUAUAUAUAUAUAUAUAUAUGUAUAUAAUAUAUAUAAAAUAUAUAUAUAUAUAUAGUUAUAUAAAUACUAUCGCUUGUGUAUUUGUUGUGAAAAUUGCAAAUAAGAUAUUGACAUUAA